AUGAUGUCUUGGUCGCACCCUCUGCUUUUCUAUCUGCUUUUCUGCUUUGGCGAGCUGAUUUCAGCUCAAAUAAAAUACUCGACGCCGGAGGAAGUUAAAUUGGGAGCUAUCAUUGGAAAUGUCGCAAAAGAUUUGGGCCUUGAUGUCAGUUCCUUGACAAACAGGCGAUUUCGCAUUGUGUCUGGAGCUCAGGAUGCGCUGUUUGAGGUAAACCCGAACAAUGGGGUUCUGUAUGUUCACAAGAAUCUCGAUCGAGAAAAGCUGUGCGAUAGAGACAGUGCUUGCUUAAUCGAUUUUAAAAUCGUUGUUGAAAAUCCACUUGAAAUCCAUUAUGUCACAGUGGAAAUAACAGAUGCAAACGACCAUGUACCGACGUUUGUCGAGAAAGAAAAGGUUAUAGAAAUAGCAGAAAAUACUUUGCCGGGAGCACGUUUUCAGUUACCAGGCGCCCGGGAUCCAGAUGUUGGGAUAAAUUCAGUCCAGCGAUAUAAACUUAGUCAAAAUGAUCACUUCAGUCUUGAAAUUCGAGAAAGGGGAGAGGAUAAAAUCCCAUUUCUUGUGUUGCAGAGGCACUUGGACAGAGAGCAGAAAACAAAUCACAGUUUAAUUUUAACCGCUAUGGACGGAGGGACGCCACAAAAAUCUGCAUAUCUUAAUCUUACCAUAAAGGUUCUCGAUAUCAAUGAUAACAGACCUACUUUUUCGAAGGAAGUUUAUUCUGUGACAUUACAAGAAAAUGUUGCUUUAGAUACGGUUGUGAUAAAAGUCAAUGCAACUGAUCUCGAUGAGGGAGCUAACGGGGAUGUCGAAUAUGCAUUUGGGGGAGACAUCAGCUCCAAUGUGUUAAAGUUAUUUAGUCUAGACAGAAAUUCAGGCGAAAUUCGAGUUAAAGGACAAAUUGACUUUGAGACAGCUGAUGUGUUCAAGUUAGACGUUCAAGCCUCUGACAGAGGGCAGCCUCCGACGACAACAGACUGUAGAGUCAUAAUAAAGAUCCAAGAUAUCAAUGACAAUAAACCAGAAAUAGAGGUGACAUCAAUAUCUAGCAUGGUCCCAGAGGAUUCAAAACAGGGAACCGUGGUCUCUCUUAUUAGUGUCAAAGACAUUGAUUCUGGCUUAAAUGGCAAAGUGCUGUGCAGUCUGACAGGAAAUGUGCCAUUUGAAUUGAAACCGUCGUUUAAAGAAAAUAUGUAUUCAUUAGUUACAAAAGAAACACUGGACAGAGAAACUGUGUCCCACUAUGAUAUUUUAAUAACAGCUACAGAUUAUGGUGAGCCUCCACUUUCCACAUUCAAAACGUUAAGUAUUCAGGUUUCAGAUGUUAAUGAUAACAUCCCAGAAUUCCCACACAGUCCCCUAGAGUUAUAUUUAACGGAAAACAAUGCUCCUGGCGCAUCAAUAUUUUCUGUGAGUGCAUUUGAUAAAGACUUAAACGAUAAUGCUGCAGUGUCCUAUCGUUUAAUGAGAGGGGAAGGUGGUCAUACUGAUAUGGCAUCGUUUCUGAAUAUAAAUUCUGAUAAUGGACAAAUAUCCGCGCUAAAGGGUUUUGACUUUGAAACUCUGAAAACUUUCCAGUUCCAAGUUGUCGCCACAGAUUCUGGAACUCCGUCACUAAGCAACAACGUCACAGUGAACGUGUUCAUUCUGGAUCAGAACGACAACGCUCCAGUCAUCCUGUAUCCAGUCAGCUCCAACGGUUCUGCUGAAGGUGUGGAGGAGAUUCCCCGCAAUGUCAACGCAGGACAC